ACUUGAACAUGUUGCAAGAGAUGAACGGAGAGGUAAACAUCUAGAGGGUCUUCUUCCUAACCCCACACUUUUGAUGGGCACAGCUUCUAGAUAAGGAGAGAACAUCUUGGUCCUCACCGCUGUGUUGAAGGCCGUCAGGAAGUGUACCGGCGCCUUAGAGGUAAGCUUAUAAAAAGCUGGCGGUAGCGCAGGCAGCUGCGCCGUGUUAUCUGCACACCAACCACGGCUCAGGCUCGUCCACACCCGGUUGACAAGGCUUCCACCCCUCUAACAAGGCUGAUUGGCCCGAUGACCGCCAAGACACGCAGGGAUCCCCCAACAGCAGCAACUAGGGCUGCUCAGGAAUUGGACCUAGGGGGCGGGUCCAGCAUCUCCUAUCUGCCGGGCCACUUUGCAGCAGACCAGGCGGAUGAAUGGUUCAAGGCGCUGGAUAGUAGUCUGCCCUGGGAGAGGCCCGAGAUCUUUGUCAGGGGACGCAGGUCUCUGCAGCCAAGAGAAACGUUCUACAUCGCGGACCCGGGGUUAAAGCCUCUCAAGUACAGCGGACAUGCACCCGCGUACCACAUUUGGGACGACUUUCCAGUGCUACAAGCAAUCAGAGAUGCGGUGUGCGAGGCGGUUCCCGGGUACGCAUUCAACAGCUGCCUGAUCAACCGGUACGCGGACGGCGACUCGUCCGUUGCCUGGCAUUCGGACGCCGAGAAGCUGUUCGGCAUCGCCCCGACAAUCGCGUCUCUCAGUCUCGGAACGUCACGCGACUUUCUCGUACGCAGAAAGGUCAGAAGCAAGCGGGCCAGCGCAGAAGUCGAUUCAGCUCAUGGGACAAAAAGAACAAAGCGAGAAAAGGUGUCAGCUGUUGAUGUGAUCAGUUCGAGGGGAGAAACGCAGGAUGAGAAAGAGCUAGGGGAAGAGACGAGCAAAUUUAGUUUUUACUUGGGAAACGGAGACGUCUUACUGAUGCGGGGAAAUAUGCAGCGAGACUGGGAGCAUGCGGUUCCCAAGCGGAAAGCUGUGAAAGGAACCCGGCUGAGCUUGACGUUCCGAACUGUAUUGGAACCCUCGUGAUUACUGGUCGCAUGCCUAGGGGAAUCAAACAGCCGCGCACGCGUUUGCUUCUGUCGUUUGAGUGAGUUCACACCGCGUCGAGCAGUCUACCGAAGCUGAUAACGUACUCAGGUUAGAGUAGGAUUCGGGCCUUGAUAUCAGCUCUUCGAGUUGCUAGACAAUCUAGUCAUGCAUGACCUGAACCGAGCAGCCUUGUGAUUUCUCUUCCCAGUCUAAGGUCUUGACACUAUAAUUAAACGGGCACAACGAGGCCUCCUGCACUGAUAUAUCCGAGCUUUGAGACUAGUACGAUUGUAAGAAACAUCCCGGCAAUCCGGCAGCUCAAUUGAAAUUAAACUUGGAACAAGCUUCG